UCGUGGGACACGUCGAGCCGGGCAGUAGUGGCGGGGGCUUGGUAGAAGUCCAGACCGGGUUAGGGGAUCCAAUUCUGAGAAGAAGACUCAAGCGGCGGGGCUUACCCUGUGAAGACUUUUCCACUGAAUCUCAUCUUUUUCUGGAAAACUGACCGUAUGGCAAUGAACCAUAUGGGGAUGAACCAUAUGGAGAUGCACCACCACAUGGGGAUGAACCACACGGACGACAACGUUACCAUGCCACCUCACCACCACCCGACCACCUCGGCCUCACACUCCCACGGCGGAGAGGACAGCAUGAUGAUGAUGAUGCCUAUGACCUUCUACUUUGACUUUAAGAAUGUGAACCUAUUGUUUUCCAGUUUGGUAAUCAACACACCUGGAGAAAUGGCUGGAGCCUUUGUGGCAGUGUUUUUACUAGCAAUGUUUUAUGAAGGACUCAAGAUAGCCCGAGAGGGUCUGCUUCGAAAGUCUCAAGUUAGCAUUCGCUACAAUUCCAUGCCUGUCCCAGGACCAAAUGGAACCAUCCUAAUGGAGACACACAAAACUGUUGGGCAGCAGAUGCUGAGCUUCCCCCACCUCCUGCAGACAGUGCUGCACAUCAUCCAGGUAGUCAUCAGCUACUUCCUCAUGCUCAUCUUCAUGACCUACAAUGGGUACCUAUGCAUUGCAGUAGCAGCAGGGGCUGGGACAGGAUACUUUCUCUUCAGCUGGAAGAAGGCAGUGGUGGUGGACAUCACAGAGCACUGCCAUUAACAUCAGACUCCAUAUAUGGCCUUAUUAAUUGCUGUAGGAAGCAUCUUGGGACUGGAAGACAUGAUUCCCUUUCCAAUCACCCCUUCUCUCUCCUGUCUAUACAUACACACCUACUGAAUAGAAGCCUAGCUGACAGCCUCUGAGUAGUGGUUUUUCUAAUAAGAUGAGAUUGACUUUUCUCUUGGGAAGUCACCUGUGAGAUGUCUUCUCCCUCAUCAUCCUGAGCCUUAUCUAAUCCGGGUAGCUUCCUAGUUAAAGACUUUGUUAUCUGCUUCUUUUUACUGCUCCGGGUUUUUUGUUUGUUUGUUUUGUUUUGUUUUAUUUGCGGGGAGAGUGGGGUACAUUUUGUUUUAAACAGAUAUGUAUAUUUGAUAGGUGGGGUUCUGGGUCAGUGAUUAAAAAAGGAUUGUAACAGGAUUGAUGCCAAUUAGGGGCAUCUCUUCCAACCGGGACUUAAAUCUCACACUAGAAAUGAGCUCCAGUCUUACUCAGUGAGUGGGAGACACAUGCUCCUCUCUCCAGGGGUGAUGUGUUACACUGAAACCUGUGUAGUGUGUGCAGAGUGGGUAGGGACUAAACACAGGCCUAGAGUCUAUGAGUCUGUAUUCCUGCUCAGUCAUCAACUUGUGUUCCUAUUUAACGUUUGAUUAGAAUGAACUCGCCAAUCAAAAAAACAGGACAAUCAAUUUAAGACAACAGAAAUAGAGAUUAUUAAAUAAAACCAUUAGUAUUUUACUUUGACUCAGUACCUUGGUUUGUCCCAACUGAAUAAGAGUUUGUAUUGUUUGUGUGUGUUCCUCAAAACCUAUGAUUUUCAAACUUGACAGUGCUUCAGAAUCACCCAGAGGGCUUGUUAAGACACUACUUGGUGGACCUCAACCCCAGAACUACCAAGUUUGGCAUUUCUAAGUUCCUAGGCGAUGCUCUACUGACAGUCCUUAAGAGUCUCUGCAUUAAACUAGAAAAGCUGCACCUAGAAGGGACAGAGGGUGGGGCUACCUGGUAUCAGGAAUGAACAUGUGAAUUGCUGGUUAGUAGGUGGUAUGCCUUGGGCACAUGUCACAUCUAAAUGCUGCUGGUCGAUACUUCAUCAUUCCACAAACAUUUAUUCACUUCCAAAUAUGUUUUAUGUAUACCCACAUACAGUGUGUGGGAUUACAGCCAAAGUAUACUUGUCAGCAUAUAUGAAGUCUCUAGUCCUGACUUUUAAAGAUAUAAGGUUCCUUGAAAGUUAUCUGAAGGCUAAGAGACCUUUGCUCUGCUGUGUGAGUCAGCCAGUCAAAAGAUCAGAAAGGCAUAAACUAAGCUUCCUUGUUUGGAGAGACAUGGGGCAUGUGUCUACCAAUAGCCAAAUUGUUCUCAGUGUACACUAUGUAGGUCCCCAUAUGCUACUUGACCACCUUUAUUAUUUACAGGGAUUUACAUAGAUUACAGUGGCCUAAACCCCCUUCUCAAUGAAGGAUCUCAUUGGAUGUUCUGUCAAUCAUUAAUCUACAUGCAGGCUUGUUCCCAAACUACCUCUUUAAAGUGAUUCUUCCUAUGCUGGUCUGUUAAAUCCUGCCCUCUUUGGUGCUAGAUCCAGUUGUGCCUCAGAGCAGAAGAAACAAACCUGCUGUCUUGUUGGCCCAGUGUUUCAGUUUUUAAGUGUGUACUUUCUCCUCUGUGCGUGCCAAUUACAUAUUAGAGAACAAGGAAUGUGUACUUUGGUGGCUUUGAACCAAGAAAAGGUCUAAAAAUCUUAGAAAUCAACUUUAGAGCUUUGCUUUUCUCUUGAGUUCAUCCUGCAGUGAAUGACAGGUACUGACAGCCCAACAUUAAGGUGCAAAUAGCCUGCUGUCAUCUCAGAAGCCAAGAAAUAAUAAACCCAGGGGAAUUCAGAAACCACACUUAGUGGUGACCCUGGUGCUCUCUAGAAUCUCCAGAUGAGCUGCUAUAAAACACCUUUCAGGGGCUGAGAUGCAGCUCUGAUGUGAAUCACUUACCUAGCAUAUGUCAGGUCCUGUGUUUAAACCCUAACACCCUAAAAAUAAUGUAUAAACUAUCAGAAUCGGGACCUUAUCACUGAGGUGAAAAGAACCAAGGCCUGUAAGAACAAGGUGCUAUGAAUCCGAAACCAAGAGAAACCUCAGUCUGACGUGGUUCUUUGGGGUAGCUUCCGCGUAGAAAUAGUCUACUGCAAUCCUAAACUUGAGAUCCUGAGUUAGUGCAUCCUAGAGAAUGUGGUUAGUGCAGAACAGAGGUAAACGUAAGUCCCAUCCUCCUGAACUUUAAUGCCCAGCCUUUGUGUUUAUCUAAGUUACUCCUUUCAAGUGUGGGAAGGCUAUAGCUGAGUGUCUUUAGCCCCUGCCCUACUUUUCCCUAUCUGUCUUUUAUCCCAGGUAGCUUAGUGUUUAACAUCUCUCUCACUAUCCUGAUGCAGUAGCAUGGCUAUUGCUAUGGUUAUAAUUACCUAAUAAGAAUUUUCUAUUUACAAAGCAAGUAGAGGUCUUAAGUUUGCUUCAAGCAGCAGUUGCUCCACUGGAAUUUCUAUAAAGCUGGGUAAAGGGUUAACAGGAUUACAGAUCCUAGGCACUAACUGCAGUCCGAGAUGGAAGACUACUCAACAGCCACUGCCCACAUCAGGAACCUCCUCAGCAUCCAUCAGUCUCCUCACCGCUCCUGUGUAGGGUUGUCCCACAAUCCCUUCCAGGCUGUGGCAUUGGGUUCCUUAUUGAAAUCAGGAGAGUGAGGCAGAGUGUCCAUCAUGCCAUUUAAUCUUGCGCCUGCCCUUUCCAGCCUCUUCAGAAGAUACAGCCAAACAACAGGUCUGCAUUUGAUGUAAUGCCUUAAUCACUGGGUCCACAUUCACGUUGACUGUCUCAGAGACUGUAAGCUCCCGGAGAGCAGGGUUGCUGUAAUGGGAAUGUUUAAGUGUUGUGUGCAAGAAAACAAAAUAAAUAUUUUGAUUUUUGUGA